AUGGGAGUUGAAUAUAUUGAAUUCAGCCAUGCGAAGGAUGGCCUGGAGUCGCAACUUUGCAACUGUGCUAGUUCUCAGAACCUGGUCGAGGUUGCUAGUGCAGAGCACCUGCGCCACAAUGCCACGGCGAACCUGGCCGCGGAAUGGAAACCCGGUGUUAAAGAAUGGCUUGUCCUGACCUGCGUGUCUUUAUUGUUGACAAUGGAUGCGUUCAACGCGACCGUACUGCUUCCUAUGAUAACAAAUUCAUUAGCCACCUCUGAACAGCCACUUGGAAGCACGCUAUGGAUUGAGGCAUCAUAUAUUCUGGCUAGUGCGGCAAGUCAGCCAUUCUCUGCCAUGCUCGCAGCCAUUUUCGGGGUAGGGCCUAUUGCCCUUGGAGCCGCUGUGCUCGCUACAGUGGGAACGGGGGUCUGUAGUGGUUCGAUGAGCCUAGCUUGUCUAGUUCCAGGGCGGUUUGUUCAAGGCGUAGGCUGUGGAGGAGCAAUCACGACCUCCCUAUUGAUGAUAGAUGAAGUCAUCCCAUGUCCCCACCAGGCCCGAUUUACUGGUUAUGCCUUGCAGGCUCGAGCGGUCGGGGCUAUUGUUGGCCUUAUCUUCGGUGGGGUGCUUGUCAACCAUGCUGUCUGGACCUUUUAA